AUGCCUUGCUUCCUUCCCUCCAUUUCUCCUUUGCCUCCUCAGCUGAAAAAGCGCAGCCAGCCACACUCCACGAUCCUCGUCUCCUUCCACACCAGCAUCGAUCAUGCAGAACCAGAACUGCGGCUGCGGCAAAAGGCUAUAAACCACGGCUCCCCUCGCAAGCGCACCGUCGGCAUGGGCAACGUUGUCUCGGGCGUGCAGAUCCGGCGGCGGCUUCCUGCGGUGGAGGAGCGCCUCACGCGGCCGCGCCGCCUCGUCCGGGAGCUUCCCGACCUCGACGCCGGCCGCCUGCAUCGCCUCAUCCGCAGUGGCGACCUCGCGCCGUGCUUCGACCCAGCCGAGGACGCCGGCGACGGCCAAGCGGAGGAAUGCCCAAUUUGCUUCUACUUCUAUCCGAGUCUGAAUAGAUCCAAGUGCUGCGGCAAAGGGAUCUGCACUGAAUGCUUCUUACAGCUGAUGCCGUCCAAGACUUCUAACGCUGUCCACUGCCCUUUCUGCAAAAUCAAGUUUUACGCAAUUGAAUACCGAGGCGCUCACACAACAAGUGAGAAGAAAACUAAACAAGAGGGAGAACAAAACGUCAAUGAGACUAAAUUGAAAGAACACUCGAAAUCUCGGAUUGCCGGCGAAAAUAUUCAUCCUUAGAAUUAGCAAGCCCAAUUUUACACUGCUGCAAGCUUACUAACCUUAUUGGUAUUUUUUUCUUUCCUGGGAAAGCAUCCAUGAUUGCCAUGACUCAUAGUACUAACAGAAUUAUUUGGAUAUCAUUUCGUUCAGAAAAGAAUCUGUUCAACUUGAGUGGC